GCACGCGGGCACGGCCGGCGGCGCACUUCCGCCCGCGCGCGUCGCCGCCGCGUGGACGGCUGGGCCUCGCCGCGGGCCCGCGCCUCCGUCGGCUGUUGCCGCGGGCCUCGGGGAGUGGGGUGGCUAAUUGAUCAGGGAAUUACAGAAGGAUGCCAGCUAAUAACUACAGAAGGAAUGAGAAAAUAUCACCUUUUGGCAACCCCUAAUGAAAUAUUGGAUCCUGGAAAUGAUCAUUAGUGGCUGUUAACAUCAGAAAAAGAGAGGCAGCCAGACAGCGUGUAGUCCCUGAUGGAAGUACCCAAUACCACUUGUCAGGGUGGAAGAUGUCUAUGGAUGUGACAUUUCUGGGGACAGGCGCAGCAUACCCAUCCCCAACCCGGGGUGCCUCUGCUCUGGUCCUUCGGUGUGAAGGCGAGUGCUGGCUCUUUGACUGUGGGGAGGGAACCCAGACACAGCUUAUGAAAAGCCAACUUAAAGCAGGGAGAAUUACCAAGAUCUUCAUUACGCAUCUUCAUGGAGACCAUUUCUUUGGCCUUCCUGGCCUCCUCUGCACAAUCAGCCUGCAGAGUGGCUCCGUGGUCACCAAACAGCCGAUUGAAAUCUAUGGCCCUGCAGGGCUUCGGGACUUUAUCUGGCGAACUAUGGAACUUUCUCACACAGAGUUGGUCUUCCCUUAUGUGGUCCAUGAGCUGGUGCCUACAGCGGAUCAGUGUCCUACAGAAGAACUAAAAGAAUUUGUACACGUGAAUGAAGCAGACAACCCUCCCAAAGAAGGACAAGGAAGAACUAUCCUGUUAGACUCAGAAGAAAACUCAUACCUCCUGGUUGAUGACGAACAGUUUGUCGUGAAAGCUUUUCGCCUCUUUCAUCGAAUACCCUCCUUUGGCUUUUCAGUUGUGGAGAAGAAACGCCCAGGUAAACUCAAUGCACAGAAACUGAAAGACCUCGGUGUUCCGCCAGGUCCUGCCUAUGGGAAGCUGAAAAAUGGAAUCUCUGUUGUUCUGGAAAAUGGAAUUACAAUUUCUCCCCAAGAUGUCUUAAAAAAGCCUAUCGUUGGAAGAAAAAUCUGCAUUUUGGGUGACUGUUCCGGGGUUGUGGAUGAUGGAGGCGUGAAGCUGUGCUUUGAAGCAGACCUGUUGAUCCACGAAGCGACCCUGGAUGACACGCAGAUGGACAAGGCGAAGGAGCAUGGCCACAGCACGCCGCAGAUGGCAGCAACCUUUGCAAAGUCGUGCCAUGCAAAGAGGCUGGUCCUGACUCACUUCAGUCAGAGGUACAAACCAGUUGCCUUGGCCAGAGAAGGAGAAACAGACGGGAUUGUAGAACUUAAAAAGCAAGCAGAAUCAGUGUUAGAUCUCCAAGAAGUGACUCUAGCAGAAGAUUUUAUGGUGAUUGGCAUUCCAAUCAAGAAAUGAAGCCAGUGUUCCUGAAUGCAUUCUGACGUGUCUUUGAAUAUGUUACUGAACCAACAGUCAAGUUUGUUGUGUUGUCGUUGUCGCUGUUGUUGUUGUUUUGGUCUGAAAUUAUUUGGGUCCUAAUAAUCCUAAAAAGGAUGGAGCUGCAUUGCUGAACUAACUCAGCAUUGAGAAGGGAGCAAGCUUUUUGAUAAUAAAUCACUUUAAAAAGAA